AUGAACAACCUGGAGGAAGGGGUGGAGUUCCUCCCUGCCAUGAACUCCAAGAAGAUGGAGAAGCGCGGCCCAAAGCGGCGGGUGGUCGUCGCUGUCGUGAUCGUUGUUUUCCUGCUCGUCUCCCUCGUCACCGGCCUCCUGGUCUGGCACUUCAAAUACAGGAACGCGCCCGUCCAGAAGAUUUUCAAUGGCCACUUGAGGGUCCUGAACUGGGACUUCCUUGACGCUUACGAGAACUCCAGCUCGCCGGACUUCAUCAUGCUGGCCAAGAAGGUGAAGAGCACGGUGGAGGAAAUCUACAGGAAUCAUGCAGAUAUUGGUCCUUACCACAAAGAGACGGUGAUAACUGCGUUCAGCGAGGGCAGCGUCAUUGCCUACUACUGGUCCGAGUUCGUUGUCCCCAAGUACCGGGAGGAGAGUCUGGACAGGGCGAUGGCGGACAAGCAGAGCCUGGUCCAGAGGUGGAACCCCCGCCUGCGAAACCCCAUGCUGAAGGUGGAGUCGGUCGUCGCUUUCCCUGCCGACCCCAGCAUAGCUUACUCCGCUCGGAACAAGAGCUGCAUGUUUGCCCUCCACGCCAAGGAAGGGGAGAUCACCAGUUUCACCACGCCGGGCUUCCCCAACAGCCCGUACCCCAACAACGCGCUCUGCUACUGGACACUGAGGGCGGACGCCAACUCCAUCAUCAGCCUGACCUUCAGGACGCUGGAGCUGGAGCAGUGCGCAGACAACAGCGACUACAUCAAGGUGUACAACUCUCUGAGCCCCGUGGAGCCCCACGCUUUGGUCAGGCUCUGUGGGAAUUACGCCCCUUCCUACAACCUGACCUUCCUGUCCUCCCAGAACGUCAUGCUCGUCACGUUGGUUACCAACAAGGAGGGGAGAUUCCCCGGCUUUAAGGCCGAGUUCUUCCAGCUCCCCAAGAUGAAAGUCUGCGGUGGGACUCUGAAAGGAGAGAGCGGCACCUUCACGACUCCCUAUUACCCGGCACACUACCCCCCAGCCAUGGACUGUGUCUGGAACAUCGAGGUUCCCCCUAAAAAGAACGUGAAGGUGCGUUUCAACAUGUUCUUUGUGCUGGAGCCCGGGGUCCCGGUCAGCUCCUGCACCAAGGACUACGUGCAGAUCAACAGCACGAGGUACUGUGGGGAGCGUUCCCAGUUUGUGGUGGCCAGUACUACCAACAAAAUAGAGGUCCGGUUCCACUCAGACCAGUCCCACACGGACACUGGCUUCUCUGCCGAGUACCUCUCCUACGACUCCAGCGAUCCCUGCCCUGGCAAGUUUACCUGCGACACUGGCCGCUGUAUUGACAGAAGCAUGCGCUGCGACGGGUGGCUGGACUGCGUAGACGGCAGCGACGAGAGAUCCUGCACCUGUACCGACCAGCAGUUCAAGUGCCAGAACGGCUGGUGCAAGCCCAAGUUCUGGGUCUGUGACAACGUGAACGACUGCGGCGACAACAGCGACGAGCUGCAGUGCAGUUGUGCAGCCGACAGCUUCAAGUGCGCCAAUGGGAAGUGCAUCCCCAACGCACAGAAGUGUGACGGCAAGGACGACUGCGGGGACGGGAGCGACGAGGGCAGCUGCACGGUGCACACAACAGUCCCCUGCAAGGAACACACGUACAAGUGCCGCAGCGGGCGCUGCAUCAGCAAGCAGAACCCGGAGUGCGAUGGGGAGCAGGACUGCGAAGACAAUUCUGACGAGGACAACUGCAACUGCGGGAUCCGCUCCUACACGAGGAAGUCGCGGAUCGUCGGCGGGCAGAACUCGGAGGUGGGAGAGUGGCCGUGGCAGGUCAGCCUCCACGUCAAGGGCCAGGGCCACAUCUGCGGGGCCUCGCUGAUCUCGGAGAGCUGGCUGGUGUCGGCCGCACACUGCUUCCCGCAGGGCAUCUGGUACUCGGACACUAGCCUGUGGACAGCCUACCUGGGCCUGACCGACCAAGGCAACCGCAACGGCGCCAAUGUGCAAACACGGAAAAUCAAGCGCAUCAUCACCCACCCCUACUUCAACGACUACACCUACGACUACGACAUUGCCGUCGUGGAGCUGCAGAGCCCCGUCACCUUCUCCUCCGUCGUCCAGCCCAUCUGCCUGCCCGAUGCCAGCCACAGCUUCCCCGUGGGCAAGGACCUGUGGGUGACCGGAUGGGGAGCCACCGUGGAAGGAGGCAGCGGCGCCUCCAUCUUGCAGAAAGCAGAAAUCCGGCUCAUCAACCAGACGGUGUGCAACCAGCUGCUGACGGACCAGCUGACGCCGCGCAUGAUGUGCGUGGGGAUCCUGACGGGCGGCGUGGACGCCUGCCAGGGAGACUCUGGGGGGCCCCUGGUCAGCGUGGAGCCCAGCAAUCGGAUGUUCCUGGCCGGCGUGGUGAGCUGGGGCGAUGGCUGCGCGCAGAGGAACAAGCCCGGGGUCUACAGCCGGGUGACCAGCCUGCGAGACUGGAUCAAACAGCAGACGGGGCUUUAG